GGGCCACGCCACCUCCUCAGGGAGGCAUGGGGUUCUGGGGUGCUCCUCACAGGACUCUUCCCUGCAGGAACAGAGGUGCCAUGCAGCCCCGGGUACUCCUUGUUGCUGCCUUCCUGGCACUCCUGGCCUCUGCCCGGGCUUCGGAGGCCGAGGAUACCUCCCUUCUCAGCUUCAUGCAGGACUACAUGCAGCAUGCCACCAAGACCGCCAAAGACACACUGACCAAAGUGCAGGAGACCCAGGUGGCCCAGCAGGCCAGGGACUGGGUGACCGAUGGCUUCAGCUCCCUGACAGACUACUGGAGCACCAUUAAGGGCAAAUUCUCUAGGUUCUGGGAUUCGAACCCUGAGAUCGCAGCUCCGGCCGAGGGUGUCUGAGACCUCAAUUCCCCAAGUCGACCUGCCUGUCCAUCCUGCCAGCUCCUUGGGUCCUGCAGUCUCCAGGCUGCCCCCACAGGUUGCUUAAAAGGGACAAUACUCUCAAUGCCCUCCCACCCCCUCCUCAUGCCUGGCCCCCCCAGGCAUGCUGUCCUCCCAAUAAAGCUGGACAAGAAGCUGCUAUGAGUG